GAAGAGGAGGAGGAGGAGCACGAGGAGGAGGAGGAGGAGGAGGAGGAGGAGGAGCCGGUGAGCUGCUCCUUUUUUUGUUGCUGGCAGCCCGCGCCGCGGAUGGGUCAGAGCACGCCGCAGCGGGCGCGCCGGGCGGUCCACUCCUCGUGGGCCCGGCCGCGGCGGCCCCGCGGCGGCCGGGCUGGCUCCCGAACGGGCACGCGGCGCCCGCGGCGCCGGCGCGCCCGGGGAAGUGGCGGUGUGCGGCCUCCAACAGCAAGUUCUCCGCCACGCGGCUCCCCGGCAAGCCCCACAACAAGUCGCGGCGGAUGGUGGGCCGCCAGCCUCCUCAUGCGCAGCACCCGGCUGGGGGGCAACGAGGCGGUGGUUGUCCAAGGCGUCCCAGCAGCCCUCAAGGCAGGGUCGCCUCGCUCAGGGAGAGGGUGA